CUGCACCCGCCCAUUUCCCUCCUCAGCGAAGAGUUUGGGGGAAAAAAAGAUGGCGCUCAACAGGAAUCAUUCGCAGAACGGUGGUAUUGUUGUUAAUAAUGGCGAGAGCAUUUUAAAAGAGUGCAAAGAUGUGGAGCUCUCAUUCAGUGACAUGACCGUUAAGUCUGAUUUCUUUAAGGGCACCAAGAAGGGAACGUUGUACUUGACCCCAUACAGGAUUAUCUUUCUUUCAAAAGGGACUAACUUCAUGCAAUCAUUCAUGAUGCCUUUCUAUCUUGUGAAAGACUGUUCUAUUGAGCAACCUGUUUUCUCUGCGAAUUAUAUCAAGGGAACUAUUCGGGCAGAACCUGGAGGUGGAUGGGAAGGACAGGCCUCAUUCAAAUUGGUUUUUAACAGCGGUGGAGCCAUCGAAUUUGGACAACUGAUGUUCAAAGUUGCUCAACAAGCUUCCAGAGGUACUCCAGUACGGAAUGCUGCUUAUGGAUAUGCACCAAUGGCUGAUAUGGCUUUUGGAUUUGCCCCUGCAAAUGGCCCGUACCCAGCAAAUGGUCCAUACCCCUAUCCGCCACCUCCCAUGAAUGGGGGCUAUGGGCCUCCACCUGCACCAAUGGGAUACCAGUAUGGUCCUCCACCAGGUGCCUAUCCAUCUGCUCCUGCAAUGGACAUGUAUAUGCCACCACCACCUCCCUAUCCUGGACCACCUCCAGUCAGUGUGGUUGACCCUGGAUUGCCUGGUGGAGCUAAAGCAGCAGAAGCAGCUUCUAGUGCUUACUACAAUCCGUCCAAUCCUCACAGUGUCUACAUGCCAAUGGAUCAGCCCCCACCAUACACUCCAGCAGAGGAGAAGAAGAACAAUUGAAUCUGUUCAAAGUGCUGAUUCUUCCAAUUGUUUGUGAAUUGUCCACUUUCUUAAACUCUGUUGUUAGAAGCUGCAUUUCUAUUCGAAACCGGCUGCUUCCUAGCCUCAUUCCACCAUCCAACAGCAAUUCGCAUCUUGGACUGCGAGUUCCCUUUUGAUAUCUUUGUUCUCAGACAGGCAUUGGGAAUGAUUUUGCAUGAAGUCAUACAGGAUCUUUUUCACUGGGAAAACUUAGAAUUCCUGUUGCCUUUUAAAAGCAAAAAUAUUCGCCUAAUAUGACCAGUUUGCAGUUUUGGGAUAUUGCUGGUGUUCUGUGGCUAUCUAAAGCCAGCAGUUAGCAAGUGUUGAUGAAUUUCAUCCUUUAAACAGUGUAAAAAUGCAACUUGUAAUGACAGUGUAGCAUUGAAAAUAUACUAAGUUUAAUUAAAGGAAUUACUUUGUGAUGCAAGUGAAUGAACCGAUUCCUGCAAAACCAUUUUGCUAUUUUAAAUGCCGCUGUAAAAAUAGUCACUUUGUUAUGAUGCUGUUUGACAUGUAAUCAUGCAGCAGCAUUUCUAGGCUUUAGACUUUUGGUAUGGGAAGGUUGGAAUGAUUAGAAUCUGUUUUUAAUCUCUAUACAAAAUAUCUCUUCUAUAAGAAAAUAACUUAAACUAACCUUUUUAGGAAUGUUGCUGAGGAAUGCUUUGUAGGUUUGGUGGUUAGACAAGGAAAGUUCAUCCCCUUUAUCAUUUGAAUGAGCUACUUUUCUUAAGGUCACCUUUUUUAAAAAUAUUAUUUAAGGGGGAUGGGGAAAAAUUCAGAUACACAUGUUUCAAGACACAGUAAUCUGAUCUGGGUUUGAACACUACGAUGGGUUUUUUAUUAACUUGAUACAACUUUGGCCUGAAGCUGUGCAAUACAAAUGUUGUUGCAAGAUCAAACAUAUUUGAUCAUAAGCAUUUGAAACAUACGUAUUAGAGUUACAGUAUUGUGAUUUGGUUAUUUAGCUAAAGAAUGAUGCACUGUAAAUAUACUUAAACCAAUACACUAUGCUGUUUGACUCUUUUUGGAUGACCUCCACCACACCCGCUUUGACUUUUUUAAUCAUUAAUCCUCUACUCAGUAUUUUAAAGGCAGUUCUAAAUGCUGCCUUCAACCACAAGAUAUGAAAUAACAAUCUAAAAAUGUUGUUGCUGAUGUUCUGCCAUAGUUCCUGUGAUUAUAAUUUGAAGACGGGUGUUUCAUUUAUACUCCCAAGUUGACAAGUAUUAAGCUUCUCCUUUGGUUGCUGGGAACAUGCUCUUUCAUUGACAGGACCUAGUAUUCAUCUUUUUAAAAGCUCUUUGGCAUGUAGAGGCUUCUUUUUAUGUGUGUGUUUUUUUUUGAGGAUGCUGUGAUUGUGUUUGGAUUGUUCAGAACAUACUGUGACUUGCAAAGAGCUAGAAAGAGCAUUUGCCCAUUUUUAGGAGCAAUCUAAACCCUAGCUUGUAGUUUCUCCUACUUAUUGGCAUCAAAUGUGUCAACUGUACAACAAUAUAACUUGUUCUAAAAGAAAUAUGUGUACACUUAUUGAUAUCCCAGUUCCAUUGAACCAGGGCACCAGCAUGAUGUGGUGAAUAAAUUAACUCCCGUGCUGAGUCUGAUCCAAGAGUGAUGCAAUUGCUACCUUUUUUGUUUCAUUCUGUCUUAUCUGCUCUACUCGGUAACCUAAGCUUUUCUUCUGCUUCAACCUUUUACGAUUCUCUUUUCGCAACAGUUGACUGGACUGUGGAAGUUAAGAUUACAAGCUGAUAAUCAUGCUAAUGAUUAACUCAUUCAGAUUGUAGGGCUGCCUGAGCAUCACUCCUUGGUUUAUCAGUUUGAGCAAAAAAAUGAUUUUGUUUAACUUAAUAAUGAGGCCUCCAAAUGAUAGGAGAAAUCUCGUUUGUUGACAUUGGCCGGUUACAGGCCAGAAAUGGCAACAAAUCAACUACUAUUCCAUGUAGCUAACCAUCUUUUGAUUCUUCACUCAUUUUCCAGCUAUGUUUAAUUCCACUUCACAGAAUCCUAUUUCGUAGCCAAAUGCCAUUUUUUGGAUUUGUAUAGACUGCCAGUCGUUCAUGCACUAUAAGAAAGCAAGCCAGUGAAAUUAAUGGAGGAUUUAUUAAAGUAUGCUCUUGGGAUGUUUGUCACUCUGCCACAGUAUGAUUAAAGGCAAUUAAUUUUGUUGCAACUUUUAUCUUUCACUACAAUAAAUUAUGUAACAGGUUGUAGCUGUAAAGCAAAUGGCCCUUGCCAUUUGAAAAAUCAGAUACUGGAGGGAAAUCAUAAACGUAAAUACUUUCAGAUCAUUAAAAUUAAUCAAAUCUA